UCUGUACAUAAGAAAUAGGAUGUUUGUGGAGCGGAAGUUUGACCAUGCUACUCAAAUUUGUUGCACAGACUCUGGGAUACACAGGAAAUAUGACAACCUACAGAGACUCGUAGAUUGUUGUGGAGAAAGAACAUUCAUACCGGACAAACAAUUAUGCCACGAAAAACAUGUGUACGACAAGGAGAGUGGGCUUGGAAUUAAUGGUGAAAAAAUGAUCUGUGGGGAGGAGGAUAAACGUAUCAUUUAUCCUGUUAUCAAUGCAAAGGAAUCUAAAUGUUGCGGAACACAGAUGUAUUCGUCUUUGACAGAAAUUUGCUGUGAGGGGUUGCUUAAAAGUGUAAACGAAGGUUGCAAAGUUUCUUUGACGGAAAAUAUCACCAAUGAAGAGGGAUCCAGUACAAAUAAUCCACUUUUCAAUCUUCAUUUCCCUGGCAUUUGCAAGAUGUUAAAAGCAUUGGGAAACUGUUACCUUUUUAAAAUCUUCUGCAAAUAAUGUAUGCAUUUGACGGAUUCUGAGUCUUCAUGCUUGUUCACUCUCAAAAGUGGAACCAUCAAGAGACGCUUGUGGAUAUGGACAUUGGCUUUCUUAGCCUGUAUUAAAAAAGAGAUAUGUUGUGAGAUCUUAAAAGUGUGAUUUUAAAACAGUACAGUUAUACAAAGAGAUUGAUAACGGUGAUAAAUUAGCUACCAAUACGCUAGCCCGUUGAAUUUUCUCCGAGAUACCAGUGUUUGUCCCAAAACAUGAUAUAUAAAUGAA